AUGGAAAGACCAAGUAGCUUCUGGCAGGGUUUUGACAGUCUCAAACCGAAUUCAGAGAAAUACAAGAGAAUCCAGCUCUUAUUCUUUUCAGCAAACUUCGAAUACCUGGAAACUUGCGCGAUAGAGUCGCGGAGGAAGCACCAGCCAAGCUUGUCUCUGGAUGUUUCAUGUAGCGUCGACCUGAAGCAUUUCGCAUCCGGUUUCAACAAUGUUGUCCUGGAAAUUGCAUUUUCGGACAGCGUGUUCUGGGUCGCUCGAAUUCCUUAUCAAACACUGAACGACAGCGACAAAACAUCAUUGCUCAGUGAGAUUGCAACAAUGAGGAUAAUCCAACAACAUACUACCAUCCCUAUUCCUCGAGUUUUCAGCUUUGAGAUGUCUACAGACCAACCUUUUGGCUACCCAUACAUGUUCAUGGAGCAUCGUGGCCAUUCCCUUCCCAAUGGUCUAGCGACUACUGUACCUUACGAACAUCGUCCCAAAGUAGCCAAGCAGCUCGCAAACGUCUUUACAGAACUUCAAAACCUAACCUUCAGCCGCAUUGGGCGACUCUGGUGUGGAGAUGGAGCUGACCAACCUGUUCAAGUCAUAGCUAUGGAUUGGCAUGCUUCGCCUGGUCCGUUGGAAACGUCGUUCGAAUAUUUCUACAACCAGAAACAAACCGAAAACCGGGAAUCUAUUGACCUGCAUCCAGACGACCCAGACUGGUUAACAGCAUGCUGGGUACUGAAAUCAGGUCUCACCCACAUGAUCAUUGAGGACAGUGUCCGGGGCCCUUUCCCUCUAUGUCAUCUCGAUCUACACUAUGGCAAUAUGCUGUUUGACAAAGAGUACAAUUUGACUGGAAUUAUCGAUUGGAGUAGUGCGCAAGCGGCUCCUCUCGAGCAGUUGUCUGUGUGUCCAGAAUUCGCCACCUUUCCAGGGAUGUCAGAUGAGGAGAAUCAACCCAUGGUCGACUUUAAAAGUCUGGUUGUGCAAUUUAUAAGGGAGAUAGAGCGAGAGCAAGAAAGGAAGCCACCUCUUGAUAACCCCGACUCGGACAUUGUAGGGCAGUCUAAUCGUAUGCCCCUUUCCACAUACAUGGCUUCCAAAGGUGCGGAGAUCACCUAUCGUCAGUACAUGUCUUCAUCCAGAGGAGCUCUCUUUGCUGGGAAGAUGGUGGCGGGACUUAUCUAUGGCAAAAGCGUUACAUGGGACCAAUUGAAAGAGGUGUAUGGUGCAAUUCCGCUUUCCUAG